AUGGACGCCGAAAUAUGCACUGCCAUCGCCGUGACGCUAUGCGCUUUGGCUCACUACAAUUACGUAUAUAUAAAAGAUAAAAAAAAAAUAAAAAAGAAAUGGAGAAGACGAAGAUGGUGGAUGACAAAGAUACAUCGCAACAGAACAAGUUUGACUAUGGAAAACCAAUUGAUGGAAUUAGUUGCCGAACCUUCUGGUGAAUUUAAAAAGUUUACUCGAAUGUCUUUAGAAGAUUUCGAGUACUUACUAAAUAAGGUUUCACCAGUGAUUAUGAAACGAGAUACUCAACUGCGAGAAGCAAUUCCAGCUCGAGUGCGUCUCGCUGUCACGUUAAGAUUCUUGGCUUCUGGAGAUAAUUACGAAAGCUUGCAUUUCUUAUUCAAAAUUUCACCUCAGAUAAUUUCGAAGAUCAUACCUGAAGUAUGCUUGGCUUUGAAUCAAGUCUUGAAGGAGGAAAUUAAGAUUCCAUCAACCGCAGAAGAAUGGCUAGAUAUCGAAAAUGGAUUUGCUCGUAAAUAUCCUCGUGCUAUUGGAUCCAUAGACGGAAAGCACAUCACUUUAGAAUGUCCAAGUAACUCAGGAUCAGAGUAUUAUAACUACAAAAAAACAUUCAGCAUAGUGUUGCUAGCAUUGGUGGACAGCAGUUACAAUUUUAUUUUUGAAGAUAUUGGUUCUCAAGGCAGGAUAAGUGAUGGCGGAGUAUUUCGAAAUAGCUUGCUAUGGCAAAAAAUUUGCACAAAUGCUUUAAAUAUUCCUGAACCAAACCCUCUUCCUGGCUCGAAUGUCCAUGUACCGUACGUAUUUUUGGGAGACGGUGCUUUUGCACUUACAGAUCAUGUGAUGAAACCUUAUCCAGGCAACCAUGAGUAUGGUUCUCCAAAACGUAUAUUUAACCAGGCAUUGUCACGAGCACGUGUUGUUGUAGAGAAUACAUUCGGAAUACUUGUGACAAAAUUUCGUGUGUUUAAAAAACCGUUUCAGCUAUGCCCAGAAAAGAUUUCUCUUAUUACAAUGACUUGUAUAUUGUUGCACAAUUAUCUCAGAAAAAGCAAUACUUCGUUACCAAUAUAUACACCGCCGGGGACCAUCGACAUAUAUGAUAACAAUGACAUACUCACACACCCCGGUACGUGGAGACAAGAAUUGGAAAGCAAUUCUGCUGUUCGUGAUUUGCUACACGUACCACGUCGACCGGCUUCGAAUGCGAGAGAAAUAAGAGAAGAAUUCACUAAUUACUUCUUUGCACUAAGCCAGCAACAAAACCUGCCUUAA